CCGCGCGGACCGAGGGAGCCGGGUAGCAGCCGUCUACCCGCCCGCCGCCCGCGUGCUUGGGCUGCGGUGGGCCAGGAUGUCGGGCUUCCUGGAAGAACUGCUUGGCGAGAAGCUGGUGACCGGCGGCGGCGAGGAGGUGGACGUGCACUCGCUUGGCGCCCGCGGCAUCUCCCUGCUCGGGCUCUACUUCGGCUGUAGCCUGAGCGCCCCCUGCGCGCAGCUCAGCGCCAGCCUGGCCGCCUUCUACGGCCGCCUGCGGGGGGACGCGGCGGCCGGGCCAGGGGCCGGGGCUGGGCCGGGGCCGGGGGCCGGAGCGGCCGCGGAACCCGAACCGCGGCGCCGCCUGGAGAUCGUCUUCGUGUCUUCGGACCAGGACCAGAGGCAGUGGCAGGACUUCGUGCGGGACAUGCCAUGGUUGGCGCUGCCCUACAAGGAGAAGCACAGGAAGCUUAAACUUUGGAACAAAUACCGAAUUUCCAACAUUCCAUCGCUAAUAUUCCUAGAUGCCACCACUGGGAAGGUCGUGUGCAGAAAUGGGCUCCUGGUGAUCCGUGAUGACCCAGAAGGUCUGGAAUUCCCGUGGGGACCUAAGCCCUUCAGGGAAGUCAUCGCAGGGCCCUUACUUAGAAAUAAUGGGCAGUCCCUGGAGAGCAGCAGCCUGGAGGGGUCUCAUGUGGGAGUCUAUUUCUCCGCACACUGGUGCCCACCCUGCCGAAGCCUCACACGGGUGCUGGUGGAAUCCUACCGGAAGAUCAAGGAGGCCGGCCAGAAAUUUGAGAUCAUCUUCGUUAGCGCAGACAGGUCAGAAGAAUCAUUCAAACAGUACUUCAGUGAGAUGCCCUGGCUUGCUGUCCCCUACACUGAUGAGGCCCGGAGGUCGCGCCUGAACCGGCUAUAUGGAAUCCAAGGCAUCCCCACGCUCAUUGUGUUGGACCCACAGGGGGAGGUGAUCACCCGGCAGGGACGGGUGGAGGUGCUCAAUGAUGAGGACUGCAGGGAGUUUCCAUGGCACCCCAAACCCGUGCUGGAGCUCUCUGACUCCAACGCUGUGCAGCUCAACGAGGGGCCCUGCCUCGUCCUUUUUGUAGAUUCUGAGGAUGAUGGAGAAUCUGAGGCAGCCAAACAACUGAUUCAGCCAAUAGCUGAGAAGAUCAUCGCCAAGUACAAAGCCAAAGAGGAGGAGGCACCACUUCUAUUCUUUGUGGCUGGGGAGGAUGAUAUGACUGACUCCCUGCGAGAUUACACCAACCUGCCUGAAGCUGCCCCUUUGCUCACCAUUCUGGACAUGUCAGCCCGGGCCAAGUAUGUGAUGGACGUGGAGGAGAUCACCCCUGCCAUUGUGGAGGCCUUUGUGAAUGACUUCCUAGCAGAAAAGCUCAAGCCAGAGCCCAUCUAGUGGGGCUCCAGCCUCUUGAGACCUUAUUUAAGACUCAUUCUCCUCCUCUUCCCCUUCUUCCCCUCUGCCCUUGGACUUUUCCAGCAGGUCCUAAAUCACACAACCCAAAUUUCCAACCUCUCUGUGGUGCCUUGUUUCUGCAUUAACUCCUCACUAGCACCCAAGGGUGCACAUCCUCACAGCAGCAGCAGAAUCUGCCAUAUUUGGAGAUUCUGCCUGGCAUUCACAGGGAUGGCAUAACUGGGCCAGAACUGGGACUGCAGCACUCUCUCCAGGUCACUAGCUCUUGGUGAAGGAUUGUUCAGGGUAUUCUGCACAAUAAGCAUGCAGAGACAUCGAAUUAGGGUUCUGGCUCUGGAGUCAGCACGCACACAAAACAGCCAGAAGGGAGCUGCUCCACACGCACACGCACAUGCUGGUGGAGUGGAGAAAGGGCGUGGCCUCAGCAGACAUCAGCUCAGAGCUGUUGGGGAGAGCAUCCUUUUAUAGGGGACGUAGAUAUAGUCUUUCUUGGUCUGAGGGAGAAAUAGCAGCUUAUCAGUGGGUUCUUGGGCAGGGGACUCCCAAAUCUAAAACAAAGUGUGUGGGGUUUUUUGGUGAGAAAACAAGUAGCUAAGGUAAUGAUUCAUAUAAUUGCUUACUUUUAUUGAGCUCCUACCAUAUGAUUAGAGUUUUGCAUUCCUUCCUUUUAUCUCUUUCUUCCUUGGUCUUGACCUUCUCCAGGUUUUUGCCUGCUCAUACGGGCAGCUUCUACUCUCUCGGAAUUUUGUUCUUGAAUUCUUCUCCUUGAUAUCUUUACAAGAAACUUGGCCCUGAGUUCUUAGAGGAGCCGUGCUCAGCUGCACAGAUCUCUGGCCCAGCUCUGUGCCUGAGGCCACUGGACCUUUGCUGAGGCAUCUGCAUCCCUUUCAGUUUCCCCUGUCACUCCCUUUUCUUUUCAAAGCAGAACUGAAAAGCAAGAAUUUACUAGAAAUCUAGCUUGUCCUUAAGAACCUUCAGAAGAAGCUGUGUUCUCAGGCAAGAGGGAGGACAGAGGGCAUGUCAACUACAAGUAGGCCAUGGGUACCCUUUGCUAGGCCUAGGUAACUUGCCCUUUUGUUUGAGUGGAACUGACCACAUUUGGGGUGAGAGACUUUGGCCCAGGGAUUCACAGGGGUUUAGCCUAUCUCAGUCAGGUGUCAGCCUUUAAACAAUCCAAGGGCUUACCCUUGACUCAACUCUGCCAUCUGCCAACCAAAACAAUUUAUUUGGAAAACCCCACAACCCACCCGCAUAAGCUGUUGACAGUGUUCCUUGCUAAAUUGGAUUUUUAUUUGUAGUUCAGAGGUACAAAAUUAGUUGGUAAUUAGACUAUUUGAUGUUGCCAGCCUGAAACGCAAUCACCUAGUAAGAAAUAAAGCAGGCAUCU